AUGCAUCGCAAUCGCACGCUAAGCUGUGAGGAGAGCCGGGCAAUCUUGAACGGCGAUCAUGGCGGGCUGACGGCAUCCCCACCCCCGACCUCACAAUUGGUGGGCAACAAACUGUGCGACACACUUGCACUUGGACGCGUACAACACCACACCAGGGUCGAUGCGCAAGCCAUCAUUUCCCCAUGCUCGCUGUCACAUUGCCGUGACGCCAGCAAAGCGUGGGCAAAAGGGCCCCGUACAGCCUUGACAAAAACCGCCACCCUCGCUGAGAGAGAUCGUCUAGAAGCGCCACACAAGCCUUGCUAA